AAAGAAAAAAAUAUAUAAAAAUCAAAUACAAAAAUAGAGCAUAAAAAAAUAUAAAAAAAAAAAUUUAAAUCGUUGAAUUAACAAUGAGCAACACUAUGACCGCACAUGAACCCAUCAACUAUUUGGACAGCAUCCUUAAUGAGGAGGAGAAACGCUGUGAAUAUAGUCAUCAAUGGCGUAAUUUCACAAUUUCACGGUCGGGACGCUUUAAGUCAAAAAAUAAAAAACGCGACGCUGUCGUCGAUGCUAAAUUAUUCGAUUCAGCCGCACAAAAGUCCAACGAUGAAAGUAACAAUCGCAGCAACAAUGCAACUGCAGCAUACAACAAGGAACAGGAUAAGUAUUCUUCCCGUCAGACGUCAUCCCUACACAAGUCCUUCCAACAACAACCACAACAAUCUGCUACGUCUUCAACUUCAACAACUAAAGUGCGGGAUAAAGCGGGCAGUUACAAAAGUUUUUAUGAAACGAAUUUAUAAAUUUAAUAAUUUUUAAUUUUUAUAAUAAAAACUUUAUUGCGAAAAAUAAUUUAUAUAAUUCUGUAUCUAUAUUUUGUAAUAUAUAUGCAUUAAAAAAUGUUUGCUAAUAAUAGAUGUGCUUCUAGGUUAAGUAGAGCUAAUAGGUAAAAAGAUAUUGUAAUCGUUAAGUGAAUAAGAAUAAAUUUAUAAUAAAAUUUACGGGUAAUCACAUUUAAUUUAAAAAAGCAAUACGUAAAGCCCCAUAAAUGGUUGGUUGUUCGGUAAAGUACUUAAGGAUCUUAAAAUUUAAUAAAAAAAAUAUUAUAAAUUCCUACUGAGUAAAUAGUAGAAGUGCUUUUUGAGCUGUUUAAUCAAAAGUAUUAAAACGUGAUAAUUAUGUUUAUUUAAAAAAAA